CCAAUUCAGUGUAUAUCGACCGACAGUGCAUCGGUCUCGACCGACCGAGCGAUGAACUUGGAGGAGCGGUUGGCACAUUUGCAGUGGCGCAAGGUGUGCAACCAGAGCCAAAUCAAGGGGGCACUCAAGCAGAGCAAGCAGUUGGCGGAAAAGGACACGCUCUUGAACGCCACCGAGUGCAGGGACCGUACGUCGCGGGUCAAGUCCAUCGUCCAAAGCGAAAUGGCGCGCCCCCUCGAGGUUCCACUGGCGCUGGUUGAGACCAUGCAACGAGACAUGGACAACGAGAACCAAUCGUUGGAGCGCACAUCGGCCAUACACGUCCACAGCGUGACCUCGAUCCAAGCCAAGAUUCGCCAGCGCGAGGACCAGGCCAAACGGCACAAAACGUUUCGCAAACACAAGGCGGCGUUGCUCGCGUCGUUCUCCCCGAACGGCAGCACCACCACGAGCCCCCCGAGCAGGGGGGGGCAGCAACGUCAUAGCCCCACCACCAAUUCUUAAUACGAAUAGCUUGCAUGUGCAACUAACUGGACAAGGAAAACAUAUGUGUUUUGCA